CUUUUAAAUAUAUAUAGCUCAGUUUUCAUUCCCUACGUCAAGAAGACGACUAAAACUAACCAAAAAAAAAAAAACAAAAUAUGGAAGAUCCAGAGGACUUUUUAUUUGGACCAUCAGAAGUUAUGAGUUUUAUGAAACAAUUGGAAGAUAUUAUAGCAGCCAAUAAAUCAGAUAACACCAAAGAGAAGGAUGUAAAGACACCGGAAGUUGAUAUUACAGCUGGUGUGACAGAAGACAAUUUUAUAGUCAUUCGACGAAUGCCAAAGGGUAAGAAAUCCUAUGGUGCCUCAAAGUCCGUGUCAAGACGAACCCACAAGCCGGUUAAUGUGAAUCAGAUGUCGUUUAUGCGUCAAGUCGAUGUGACUAAAAAACAACGUCAACAGGCGUUUGAGGAACGCCAUCGAGUGGCUGAGAAUUUUCGCAGAUUGGGCAACGAUGAUUUUCGUAAAAAUAAUUAUGAGCGUGCCAUUUUAAUGUAUACCAAAGGUUUAUCGUAUAUUAAUGAUACGCCAGUUCUCUAUUGUAAUCGUGCUUUGGCUUUUGUAAAGAAACGUGAAUAUAACUUGGCUCUAUUGGAUUUGGAUUAUGUCUUGCAUAAAUUAAAUCCCAAAUGUAUGAAAGCUUGGCUCUAUCGUGCUGGCACCAUGAAACGUAUGAAUAACGAAACUGGAUUCGAAUCAGCCAUAAAUAUGGCUCGCAAAUACCAAAGAACAGAAAAGGAUACUGCAUAUUUACAAAUGUUUUUGGAAAAAGUGCGUUCGGAUUUCUAAAUGGGGCACUUUUGCAUUCAUAUAGAUUUUUAUCUUUAAACAACAAAUUUUCAAAAUUGUUGGCUGUCAGCCUCGUUUCCGUUCUCUUCCUGCCCAUCAAGCCCACUUUUUAUGUUGUGUAAUAUCGAUUGCAAUACCUUUUAUUUUCAACUCUAUUCAUUUACUGUCACAUGCAAUCUAUUUACUCUCAAAUAUUAACUCUAAAAAACAAAAGGAAAUUUAAAUAAAAUUACAAAACCAAAAA